CUUUUUGCUGUUUCCAAAUUCUCAUCAGUCGAUCUUUUGCUUCUCUUACUCAUCUUACUUGACUUCUUACUCGGCACUUCUUCAUUCUUUUUGACUUUCUUGUCUUUCGAGCUUUCACGUUUUGAUCCUCUUUUGCUCUCCUUCUUCUUCUCCAAUUCUCUAACUUUCUCAUCUGUUGAUCUUUUCUUUCUAUUGCUCUUCGAACUAUUAACCGGGGCUUCAGCUUCGCGAUCAUCCUCAGGAUCAGAACGAUUGUCUUGCUCAGCACUCUUCUUCUUUUCAGACUUUUGCUGCUUCUUGCUCUUUCUGGAACUAUCCUUCUUGCUUUGCUGCGAUUUUUCUUUCAUAUCUUUUGAUUUAUCUCUUGAGCUAGAACGUCUUGAUCCUUCUUCAUUAUUGUCUCUAACACUCUUCUUCUUUUUCAGUGACCGAUCUCUAUCAUCAUAAUCAACUGGCGGAAUGAAAAGUGGUUCAGAGUACUUAUGACUUUUCUCUUGAGAACUACGACGACUAUUUUUAUCUUUUGAAAUCUUUCGUUUAGAAUCAUCUCUAUUACUCUUCUCCAAAUUCCUUUUAGAUCCACUUUUCUUGAUUCUUGAGCUGUCACUGUCCCUCUCUCGAUCCCUUUUAAUCGAUUUUUUAGAUCUUGCAAUUCUCUUCGACCGUUCCUUUUUACGUCGUUCACUCUCACGCUUCUUUCUUUUACUUCUCUGACUUUUUCUGCUCUUUUCCUUUCUCAACUUCUUCUUCCGUCUCGAACUCGACUUCUUCCGUUGAGCACUUCGACGCUUGCUUCGUUGCGAUCUUUUCGACUUGUUCGAUCUCGAGCUUUUUCUGCUGUUUCUUGAGUUGGAUCGUUGCCCAGUUGUGCAUCCCAUUGAUAUCAUUGCUCCAGCGACGGUAGCCGUGGCAGCAAGACACACUGAAAGAGUCAUGUUAUGUCAGACAACUACACGUUUAACUUACAGCAGUUUAUUGCAUUAUGAAUUUGCUCCGGAUGCAAACUCAUGUUAUUAAAAUUUGAAAUAAAUUUUUUAUUGAACAGGGAGGAGGGGGGGAUAAAUAAUAAAUCGCGUAAAUUCUAGUUCACGAAGUUAAAAAAUAAUUUCAUAAUUAAAAAAAACAACUUGAUCCAUAUUGCAAGAUUUCAUAUGUACAAAAAUGCCUGCCUGCUUGCCUGGAAGGCGCGCUUAGUUCAUCACAGUGUCGCCUUAUUUAUCACUAAAAGUUAUCAAUCGGCUCGUUCGCUUUUCAGGCAAUUUGCGGAUGCCUUAAAAGCAUUUUGGUUUUGUACCUACGGAUGUUCACAGCUUAUAAUAUUUGUAGUAUUUGUAGUUUUAGUAAAAAUCAUUAAGAAACCUUUGGGCAAAUCAUAAAUAAUGUCAGUCUAGAGUAACUACCUGUUUACUGUAGUCAAACUAAAGAAGUACGGUAGGAAAAGGUAUGGAAUUUUUAAAAAUUGCUCGAAUUCUGUAUAGUAGGAAAACACUGAAAAAUUCAACGUGAAAUUUCUUUAAAAAUAAUACGUCAAAAUAAUCCGAAGAGAGAAAAAAGUUCAGAUUUGAAUUUAUUUUGGAUAAUCGUUUGGAAAUAAUAAGAAAAAUGAACGAGGAUGAAAAUAAAGGAAUUGUAUUUCAAAUUGCAUAUGAACUUCCCUCUCAACAGCGUGUAGGCAUGCAAAUGGCGAAUCUAAGACUUCAUGCGAGGGGAGUUUUCAGUAAUGUGUACAGAGGAACAAUUUUAUCUCCCGGGACAGAACAGGAAAUUGCAAUAAAGAAGACUUGGCCAAAAACUCCGUACCGAAACUUCGAGCUACUUUUCUUAUCUGGAUUACGCAGGAAACCGCAUAAAAAUAUAGUUCAGAUGCUGUUUGCAUUCUCACGGAACACCACAAGUGGAGAGGGAUUGGAGAUGAAACACUCGUUUUGCGAGUCGUAUGUCUUCGGGUUCAUGCCGUACACAUUGCAAAAUAUUCUGAAGAAGACCCGUCUCGCGGAAGUUGAUAUGAAACUUUACACGUGGCAGUUGUUUGAAGGGAUACGGUACUUGCAAGCGCAUAUGAUAGUUCAUCGUGACAUCAAACCAGUCAAUAUACUUGUUGAUGUUGACAAAGGAACUCUGAAAAUUGCCGAUUUUGGAAGUGCGAAGGUUGUGCUACGUGGCAGUAGUUCGACAUCGUAUCAAGUGACACGAUUCUACAGACCGCCUGAGUUGCUUCUGGACGCUAAAGAAUACUAUUGGAUGGUUGAUGUUUGGAGUGCUGGAUGUUGUGUUGGAGAAAUGAUGAAAGGGAAAGUCUUAUUUCCUGGAGCGUCCAUAAAAAUUAUGCUGAAACUAAUUGUUCAAGCUAUCGGACUUCCAUCGGCCAGAGAUCUGGACUACAUGAAAGUUUCGAGUAUGAUUGACCAACAAUCAGCUGUUAAAGUUAUUGGAUUGAAAGAGGUUCUUGGAACUGAGAACCAAGAAUGGGCUGACUUCCUCGGUGCAAUACUUCGUUAUCGUCCACGCGAGAGGCUUCAUGGUCCAAAACUUCUUUCUCAUCCAUUUUUCGAUCUCAUUUUCACGCCAAAAUGCACACUUUCCAAUGGGCUUCUCGUCUCACAAGUGAUCACUCUCGACGAUUACAAAACUGCUCAGAAAAAUGAUAGUACUUCUGGUAAACAGUAUGCUGCCGCAAUUCUACGGCAUGAGAUCAGAUUUUCGUUGAAAGCGCCAAUUGUUCACCCUCCAGCUCCGCCUGCUCCACCAGUUGUGCCCAGUAAGGAAUCAAAGGAGUCGAAGGAAACAAAAGAAGUCAAGGUUUCCAAAGAACCAUCGAAACUUGAACUGACAAAGCUUCCGAGUGCGGAGAAUCAAACGAACGUCACAUCCCCGACAGCUGUCAUGUCGCUCAAAAGAACUUUGAAUGUUUGAAGUAUCAAUUCAUAUGAACUCUUUUGAAUUUUUUCGUUGGUUUUUGAAAAGAGCACAAAACUGUCACGAUAUACAAUCGGAAUGUUGUGUUACUAUUGUUAUGAAUAUUUAGCUAUCUUGUUUUCAGAGCCGCUAAACCAAUCUGAACCGAAUUUAAAUAGCUUGACUAUGAUCAAGUUCACAAUGUGCAGUUUCAAUAGAAUUUUUGAGUUGCAAAGUAAAUAAAACGACGCAUCUCGAGAGGUUUUUUCUCUCUCAAUUUGAAAAGUAAACGGAACUAUUUUCAACUUGAACAUUCCCUUUUCACGAGUGAAUUUAAUCAAUCAAUUAUCUUCAAAUAGACUAUUUAAGUGAUACAUACGAUCUCUGAACUUUCUGAGAUUUGCCCUUGAACACCGUUUCUUUCCUUCACUAUAUUUCCCUUUCGCUUCGAGACCCAGACUAGUAGACACAGUAAUUUUCUCGUUUCUCUGUGUAUCAUGUUCCCUCGGUUUAUCACUUUUGUGUUGUGUCAAGUGGUUAUGAAUCACUGGCAUUCACCGUUUCUCCCAUUCAUUUUACAAUAAA